AUGGUGAAACAGGCCGAUUCUUCCUCCCAAGAAAGGAACUCAGCAGGGAAGAAGAAUUUGUCAAAAAAUGAAGGAAAGAAGAACGUCAAGGGAAUUAAAACACUCAGCGCAGAACGAUUACGUCAGCUAAUUCCUCAAGUUACAAACAAAAAUCGGAGAAGGGAUUUUGCAAGUCGUCUUCGAACUCUCGUGAAACAAGAAAGAACAAAACGUCGUCGUUCCCGUCAAGCUGCUGAAAGUAGAGGAGAGGUAGUUGAAAAACAAACACCCCACACAAUCGAAACGUUAAGAAGGGCGGAUGAAACAAUAGUUGAAGCGGAAGACCAAGAAAUUCUAGAAGCAGAUGAAACUGAUGAAUUUAGCAAGUACUUUCAGGGAAAAUCUACCCCCAAGAUUUUGCUGACGACGUGUAAGAAGCCAUCAAGAUGUUUAUUAGAGUUUGUAAAGGAAUUGCAAAUAAUCAUUCCUAAUGUCUUCUACUAUAAGCGAGGAGACUAUCGUAUCAAAUCGAUUGUCAAAUAUGGAAUUAACAAGGAAUUCACUGAUAUAAUCGUUUUAGCAGAACAUCUAAAGAGACCCUCUGGGAUGUACAUCUCGCAUCUCCCUGAGGGUCCAACCUCAUUUUUCAAACUGACGAAUGUCAAGUUGGCUCAAGAGAUGAAGGGAUCUGCUGCAGUGACAACGCAUCAGCCAGAAGUGAUUCUAAAUGGAUUCACAACAAGAUUGGGAAGAAGAGCUGCAAGACAGUUGGCUGUGUUAUUCCCGCAGCGCCCUGAGUUUCACGGUCGCCGUGCCAUCUGCUUCCAUAACCAACGUGAUUUCAUUUUCUUCCGACAUCAUCGUUACAUUUUUAGCGAAGGUGGACGCAAGUGUAGAUUGCAGGAAAUCGGGCCACGAAUGACGUUAAAGUUGAGAUCAAUGCAGCAUGGAACGUUUGAUCCAUCUGGCGGCUUGUUUGAAUUUGAAUGGAAGCCUGAUAUGCAGGUUGAUAGAAAGAAAAUGUUUGUUUAG